AUUAUUACCUUUCCCUGGAUAAACACACUGUUUGGGGUCCGCCCGGAUAUUUUUUUGACCCUUUUCGAACGUCUCGGGUUCCUCUCUGACUCAGGUUGGGCAGGCUAUCACGCAGUGUCGCCGGGAACCGGAAGACAUGAGACAGGAGAGACAUGGAGAGACGGAGAGAGGUAGGACAAGAGAAGGAAAACGGACCCCAAAAAGAAACAGAUAAAAACAGAAAGGAGGAGGGGAGAAAGGGAAAAAUAGAAACAGGAAAGGAUUGAAGCAACACCAAGUUUUGGAAGAAUGUUGGGUGAAACGAGUGGAAAAGACGAAAAAUGUAAAGCGAUGUAAAGAGUCUGCUCACGCUGCAAAGAGUGAGGUGAAUCCGCAGCCUGCAAGUACACCCUGUCCUUGAGCGGUUGCACCAACGCCACGGAGAUGUUUGUGUCAUUGACGCAACUUCGAGAGGCCCCUGCUCAACGAGACUUCUCACUGUGCCCAACAGCAGAGGCUUGCGGAGAACCAAAUGAAAUCCCCGAAGGUUACGACAAGUUCUUGGGCGAAUGGCGCUGUGGUGCCGGCUACGCAGGAACAGCUGCCAUCGGGUGCUCUCCGCGACGGAAUUGUCAGAGCACUGCAACACUCAGCGGCUGUGUGCCCAUUGAGCCCUGCUUACCCAUUAUCCCUGGGCCAGAGGACUGUGAUUUGAACGUGUCGGCCUGUCAAAGCGUUUUGGGUGGAGAGAGUUGCGAAAUCAGUUGCAAGGAUCCACCCUACCGCGGAGCGUCCACCAUCGCCACUUGCCCGGAGGGCAACAUCAACACGUCUCAAGUGUUGACCUGGACACGGCCAAAAUGUGAGCUGACGAAUUGCAUCCAACGCGUGGACAUCCCUGAUGGCUAUGUGAAGGACAGCGUACAGAAGUGGAUUUGCGCACCUGGGUACAUUGGCACACCCAACGUGGAGUGCAAAAUCAAUGUGACCACGGACGACUGUGAGGCGUAUUGCUUGUAUGAAGGCUGCUUCCCGGAGGUCAAUUGUACAGUGCCAGCUGUGGAUGCCUGUCGUUUGAAUUUCACCGAGUGCCAUGGGAUCCUGUGAAAUGCGAGUUCUGUUGCGCUUGGGAGACCUCUCCACAGUAUUUGACUGUCGUCAACAUUGAAGGUGGAAGUGGCCAAAUUUAUAUAACAACGAAGGUGGAGGUUGCCAACGUGCGCGACUGACUGCCGUCGAAAUGUAAAGUUUGUCGUACAGGAAGCAGCUUUGGGAGGUGUGGCCUGACAGCUGCUAACUUUGUAGUACGAAUGUAGUGCGGCCAGCAGCUUCUGGGAGCUGUGGCCUCAGAACUGGCCAAGUUGUAGUGCAAACGCAGUCUGGGAAUUUUGUAGUGCCAACGCAGUGCAGGGACCAGUUUCUGAGAGGUGCAGCCUUAGAAUUGGCAACUUUUUAGGACGGGAAGCAGCUUCCAAGAGGCUUGGUGUUACAUUGCUGUAUCGAAAUAAUGUUUGCGCGGCAUCGGUGG